GUUGUGAUGCCCAGAGGUCCAAUCCAGGCUAAAGGACUGUUACUAAGUUGUAUAAAAGAAGAAGAUCCAUGUAUAUUUUUUGAACCAAAGAUUUUAUAUAGAGCAGCUAUAGAAGAAGUACCCACCGGUGAUUACACAAUACCAUUAGGCAAAGCUGAAGUUGUAAUUGAAGGUAGUGAUGUUACAAUGGUAGGAUAUGGUACACAAGUUCAUGUGCUUCGAGAAGUGGCAAGUAUGGCACAAGAGAAGUUAAAUGUUUCAUGUGAAGUUAUAGAUCUAAGAACAUUGUUACCGUAUGACCUAAACACAAUUUUAAAGUCUGUGAUAAAAACUGGCAGGAUGAUAAUUACCCAUGAGGCACCACAAACAAUGGGUUAUGCAGCUGAAAUUGCCACUGCUGUACAGGAGGAAUGUUUUCUCAACCUCGAGGCACCUAUACAGAGAGUGUGUGGUUACGAUACACCUUUUGCUCAUGUAUAUGAACCGUUUUAUAUGCCAGACAAAUGGAGACUGUUUGAAGCUGUGAAGAAAGUUGUUAACUUUUGAGAAUGUUAUGUUUGAAGUGUUGUUGGUUAGUGAUAUAUGUAUCAUAUGUAGAUCUGAGAUAUUGAGUGUGAUGGUGGUGAUCAGUUUUGAGAUAUCAUUUUGCUAAGAUAAAACUAUCAGGGGAUUUACACAGUCAGCUGAAGGUUAUGACCUUCUUACAUUAUGUGUUAAGGUAUUUCACAUUGUCAUUUUAUUGCAGCACUAUAGAUCACCAGAAAUUUGAUACAGAAUACUGUCAAGGGGUCUUGUAGAGUCAAAGUAUAACUGGCCUUAUUAUCAUGUUCUUUAAAACUUUACCAUGGUAACUCUUUUGACAUGAGAAAGUCCCAGUUUUAAUUUUGACAAUACAGUCAAACCUGUGGACAAAGGUCAUCCAAGGUUUAGUCUGAGCAUGGCUUUUAUAAAUGUGUUGGCUUAAUUUGCACAUAACUUUGUUCUUAUUUAAUCAUAAACUAAAAUACUUGUAUUUUAGUUAAACUGCUAGUCAGUUUUUAACUGGAGAAAUGUCUUCAAAGUUGCUUGACCCCCUGAUCUUUUAUUGUAAGAAUACUCAUAAAAUAUGUAUUGAUUUCAGUUUGUUAGAGAUGCAUGAACAUCAAAAGUAAAAUUCUCAAUAAUGUUGUUGUUGUUGUUACUGCUACUGUUGGUUAAUACUCUAGGAAAGCUGUUAUAUUAUACAUGUAUAUAACAUAGGUUUAGUGAUCUACUUUCUGUCCUUGUGAACAUACAAGUGAUGUCAGAGGCAUAACCAAACAGGAAAGAUGACUUUUGUAAUGCCCAAGGAUAGCCAAUGUCAUCUUUCCUGUUUUGGCGCCAUAUGACCUAAACUGUGUUGUUGUGCCGUAAAAGCAAACAAAA